AUGGAAACGACAGAUUUAUUGACACUGGAUAAGAUUGCACGAAAUCCAGCUCUGGUUACGCAUCGUUUUAUUCUACUAAAAGCAACUGGCUCUGAAGAAAUUAUAUUUCGACCGCUACUGCACAAUGAUGAUUUAAUGCUAGCUGAAUUCUUUGAAAGUUUAUCAGCAGAGACACGUCUAUUUGCUACGUAUCCCAGUUAUGAUUUGAAAUGUGCGCAGGAAUUUUGUUAUGCUAUCAAUCAAUACGAUAAAUUACGAAUGGUAGCUAUUAGUGAGGACGGAAAAAUUAUUGCUCUGUUCGAAUUUAGCCUCGAUCUGGUGGAUUCUGACAUCGAACGAUUUCACAAAUACAGUAUCAAACUAGAUGCCAAAAGUGAUGUACGAUUUGGACCGUGCAUCAUCGACAAAUAUCAAAAUCAGCAUUUGGGCACCAAACUUUUACAGUUAAUGAUUGAUUUAGCUAUACGUAUGGGUAAAAAGCGGAUGAUACUAUGGGGUGGAGUACUGAUUAAUAAUCAGCGAGGAAUUCGAUUUUAUGAAAAAAAUCAUUUUCGAAUUCUACCAGACAAAUUCAUUGCCAGUGAUGGAUAUGAGUGUUACGAUGGCAUUCUUCAGUUUUCUUAG